AUAAUUAAAUAUAACACUAAAUUCAUAAUAGACACAUACAUAAUAAUUUACACAUAUACAUACAUACAUACGCAUUAAUGUGGAUAGAUAAAAUACAUACUUAAUCCUAUAAAUAACAUAAACAUCAAUACCUACCAAAUACCUACUCGUUCGAGUGCCCGGCCGGCCCGCCGGCACCGGCCGUGUCGGCUGCAGUCAGCUAUCACCGCGCGCCGCUUCAACCGGUCCUGGAUAGUCGCGGCCUUGGACGCCGCCCGAUGCGCCGGCGCUCCCCGCCGCGCAGUGCAGAUCUCGAUCCCACGCUGAACGCACGUCGCUUGGCGCUCCGCCUGUCUACGUAUCUAUCGCAUCCCCCGCUAGAUCACGAGUACGCCGCUGAGGUGAAGGACGUCAUUGUCAACCCGCCGGCGGAGGGCAAAUAUGAGAAGCUGAAGGCAGAGCUGAUCUCAAGGCUGUCAGCGUCCCGAGAAAAGGAACUGAAGAGGCUGUUGGUGCAUGAGGAGUUAGGUGAUCGCAAGCCAUCCCAAUUCUUGCGUCAUCUUCAGCAUCUAGCAGGCCCGCAGGUACAUGAGGAACUUUUAAGGUCUAUUUGGAUUAAUCGUUUACCAAUGAACAUCCAGGCAGCAAUAGCGUCGCAGCCGACCCCACAGACGUUGGACACGUUGGCAAACACCGCGGAUCGAGUAUGGGACCUCGCACCCCCCAACCCCCAGGUAGCAAGUACGUCACAAACUUGUUCUGCGCCGGGGCCGCAAACCGCUUCAAUGGACUACUUAGCUCAGCAGAUAGCGGAAUUAACCAAGGAAAUCCAUGAAAUGCGCGCAGAAAGGAACACCAGAUCGCGACCAAGAACCAGGGGUAAGGGAUCGCAGAGGUAUGGUCGCAGCCGUAGCCGUGGAACCAGUCAAGGUCGUUCGCAGUCCAGCUACCGUAGAUGGCCUGUGUGUUGGUACCAUUCCAAAUUCCAGUCUCAAGCAACGAAGUGCUUGAAGCCUUGCGAUUUUGUGUCGGGAAACGGUCAGGGCAAUCUGUGAUGGCGGCCAACAAUUGCUCGAGACCAGGUCGCCUGUUCGUUACAGACCGACGUACCAAAAUGCAGUUUCUCGUGGAUACAGGAAGCGAUCUCUGUGUUUUUCCGCACUCGGCUCUUCGUGAACAUCGACCCAAAAGCAAGUAUGAACUGUUCGCCGCGAAUGGAUCUGUAAUCAAUACUUACGGAUAUGUACAGCUACACCUGGAUUUAGGUCUUCGUCGUGAGUACGGCUGGCAAUUUACUGUAGCCGACGUCACCAAGCCAAUCAUAGGCGUCGACUUUCUGUCUUUCUACUAUUUACUCGUCGACAGCCGUAACAAACGCCUAAUUGAUAAUACGACCUCUCUGUCUGUGGCAGCCAUGUCAGCUGAAAACACAAGCAACAUAGCAUCCAUCAAGACGUCAAUCGGAGAAUCGAGGUAUGAUAGCAUAGUACAAGAGUUCCCAGACAUCA